CAUCUAGUACCCUCUGAUUGGUCGCCGCUCGCGCGGUCUCCUGGGUGACGGGAACGCUCUAGCCUUCUAGGAGGGGACCGGGUGCGCCUGCGCACUUCCUACAUCGCUUGGCUGCUGGAGCUUUGAGAUGAAGCGUGUUUUCUCACUGGGAGAAAAGCUUGGCACACCGAUACAGUUUACCUGGCAAAAAUUAUCUGGAAACUACCUGGCAGUAACAGGAGCUGAUCACAUUGUGAAGAUCUUUGAUCGUCAUGGUCAAAAAAGAAGUGAAGUUAACUUACCUGGCAACUGUGUGGCUAUGGACUGGGAUAAAGAUGGAGACAUCCUAGCAGUGAUUGCUGAGAAAUCUAGUUGCAUUUACCUGUGGGAUGCCAACACAAACAAGACCAGCCAACUAGACAGUGGCAUGAGGGAUGAAAUGUCUUUCCUUGUUUGGUCAAAAGUUGGAAGUUUCCUGGCUGUUGGAACUAUGAAAGGAAAUUUGCUUAUUUAUAACCACCAGACAUCUCGAAAGAUUCCUGUUCUUGGAAAACAUACUAAGAGAAUCACGUGUGGAUGUUGGAAUUCGGAGAGCCUGCUCGCGUUAGGUGGCGAAGAUAGGAUGAUUACAGUUAGCAAUCAGGAAGGGGACACAGUAAAGCAGACAUCUGUGAGAUCAGAGCCAGGCGACAUGCAGUUUUCCACGAAGAAGAUGGAUGAUCGCGGUUCUGUCGAAAACACAAUAAGUGUGGUGGUUGGCAAGAGAAGUUUAUUCAUUUAUUAUCUGAGUGAACCAGAUAGCCCCGUAGAUGUGGAAUUUCAGCAGUGGUAUGGCAACAUUGUCUGCUAUAGCUGGUAUGGGGACGGCUAUAUCAUCAUUGGAUUUUCACGUGGGAUUCUUGUGGUCAUUUCAACUCAAGUUCGGGAAAUUGGGCAGGAGAUAUUCCAGAUUCGUGACUAUAAAGACAGUCUAACGAGUAUAGCCUUAUCGCAGAGUUUGAACAAAGUGGCUACGUGUGGAGAUAACUGUGUUAAAAUCCAUGACUUAACUGAAUUAAAAGACAUGUAUGCUAUCAUCAACCUGGAUGAUGAAAAUAAAGGGCUGGGAACCUUGUCCUGGACGGAUGAUGGCCAAUUGCUGGCACUCUCUACCCAAAAGGGCUCACUGCACGUUUUCCUGACCAAGCUGCCCAUUCUCGGGGACUCCUGCCAGACAAGGAUCGCCUAUCUAACCUCCCUCCUCGAGGUCACCGUGGCCAACCUCAUUGAAGGAGAGCAACCAGUGACAAUCUCUGUGGAUGUAGAACCCAACUUCGUGGCUGUGGGUCUUUAUCAUCUGGCUGUAGGCAUGAAUAAUCGAGCUUGGUUUUAUGCCUUAGGGGAUAAUGGUGUCAGAAAAUUAAAAGAUAUGGAGUAUCUGGGAACGGUGGCCAGUGUGUGUCUUCACAAUGACUAUGCAGCCGCGCUUUUUGAAGGCAAGGUCCAGUUACAUUUGAUAGAAACUGAAAUCCUGAGUGCUCAAGAAGAGCGCGAGACUCGGCUCUUCCCAGCCGUAGAUGACAAGAGUCGCAUUUUGUGUCAUGCCUUAACAGGGGAUUUCCUCGUCUAUGGGACAGAUACUGGUGUUAUUCAGUACUUCUUCAUAGAAGACUGGCAGUUUGUUAGUGAAUACCGACAUCCUGUCGGCGUGAAAAAGAUUUUUCCUGACCCAGAUGGGACCAGACUGGUUUUCAUUGAUGAAAAAAGUGAUGGAUUUGUCUACUGUCCAGUUAACGAUGCCAUCUACGAGAUUCCAGACUUCUCACCUACCAUUAAAGGUGUUCUUUGGGAGAACUGGCCGAUGAAUAAAGGUGUAUUUAUUGCUUACGAUGAUGAUAAGGCCUACACUUAUGUCUUUCACAAGGACACUAUACAAGGAUCCAAGGUUAUUUUGGCUGGUGGCACCAAGAUUCCCUUCUCUCAUAAGCCUUUGCUGUUAUACAAUGGCGAACUAACCUGCCAGACACAGAGCGGGAAACUGAACAACAUCUUCCUCAGCACCCACAGUUUCCUCUACAACCUCAAAGACCUACAUCCCACUGACCUGAGGCAGAUGUUGGCUCAGACCCUCAUGCUCAAGAGGUUUUCUGAUGCGUGGGAAAUAUGCAAGAUCCUGAUGGACCCCUCUGCCUGGUACGAGCUGGGCCGAGCUUGUCUACACCACAUGGAAGUGGACUUCGCCAUCCGUGUGUAUAGGACGAUUGGGGAUGUCGGAAUCGUGAUGUCUUUGGAACAAAUAAAGGGAAUAGAAGACUAUAGUCUACUGGCAGGACAUCUCGCCAUGUUUACUAACGACUUCAACCUGGCUCAGGACCUCUACCUCACAUCCAGCUGUCCCAUGGCUGCUCUGGAGAUGAGAAGGGACUUACAGCAUUGGGACAGUGCUCUACAACUGGCCAAACGCCUGGCCCCAGACCAAAUACCGUUUAUAUCCAAAGAAUACGCUAUUCAGCUGGAAUUCACGGGUGAUUAUGUAAAUGCUUUGGCUCAUUAUGAAAAAGGAAUCACAGGUGAUAAUAAGGAGCACGAUGACGUGUGCUUGGCAGGGGUGGCCCAGAUGUCCAUAAGAAUGGGGGACAUCCGCCGAGGGGCCAACCAAGCCCUCAAGCACCCCAGCAGAGUCCUGAAAAGAGACUGUGGAGCCAUACUGGAGAAUAUGAAGCAAUUUUCAGAAGCAGCCCAACUCUAUGAGAAAGGCCUCUACUAUGACAAGGCCGCAUCUGUUUACAUCCGCUGUAAGAACUGGGCAAAAGUUGGGGAGCUUCUGCCUCACGUUUCCUCUCCUAAGAUCCACUUGCAGUACGCCAAAGCUAAAGAAGCAGACGGAAGGUACAAGGAAGCUGUGGUGGCCUAUGAGAAUGCCAAGCAGUGGAACAGUGUGAUCCGCAUCUACCUGGACCACCUCAACAACCCGGAGAAGGCUGUCAGUAUCGUCAGGGAGACCCAGUCCCUGGAUGGAGCCAAGAUGGUGGCCAGGUUUUUCCUACAGCUCGGUGACUAUGGGUCUGCUAUCCAGUUUCUAGUCAUGUCCAAAUGUAACAACGAAGCUUUCACCCUGGCUCAGCAGCAUAACAAGAUGGAAAUCUAUGCAGACAUCAUUGGUUCUGAAGACACAACUAACGAAGACUACCAAAGCAUUGCCUUAUACUUCGAAGGAGAAAAAAAACAUCUCCAGGCUGGAAAAUUCUUCCUGCUAUGUGGCCAAUAUUCACGAGCACUUAAACACUUCCUCAAGUGCCCAAGCUCAGAAGACAAUGUGGCAAUAGAAAUGGCAAUUGAAACUGUUGGCCAGGCCAAGGAUGAACUGCUGACCAACCAGCUGAUCGACCAUCUGAUGGGUGAGAGUGACGGCAUGCCUAAGGAUGCUAAGUACCUGUUCCGCCUGUACAUGGCGCUGAAACAAUACCGAGAAGCCGCCCGGACUGCCAUCAUCAUCGCCAGAGAAGAGCAGUCUGCAGGAAACUAUCGGAAUGCUCAUGACGUUCUCUUCAGCAUGUACUCCGAACUUAAAUCCCAGAAGAUCAAAAUCCCCUCGGAGAUGGCCACCAACCUCAUGAUCCUGCACAGCUACGUGCUCGUGAAGAUUCACGUGAAGAACGGUGAUCACCUGAAGGGAGCACGCAUGCUCAUUCGCGUGGCCAACAACAUUAGCAAAUUCCCUUCCCACAUCGUGCCAAUCCUGACCUCCACGGUGAUCGAGUGCCACAGGGCUGGCCUGAGGAACUCCGCCUUCAGCUUCGCUGCCAUGUUGAUGAGGCCCGAGUACCGCAACAAAAUCGACGCGAAAUACAAAAAGAAGAUCGAGGGGAUGGUCAGGAGACCUUACACAACAGAGACGGAGGAGACCACGACCCCGUGUCCUUUCUGCCAGUUUCUCCUCCCAGAAUGUGAACUCCUCUGUCCCGGCUGUAAAAACAACAUCCCCUACUGCAUUGCCACAGGCCGGCACAUGUUGAAGGAUGACUGGACAAUGUGUCCACACUGUGAGUUCCCCGCGCUCUACUCGGAACUGAAGACCAUGUUAAACACGGAAAGCACGUGUCCUAUGUGUUCAGAGAGAUUAAAUGCUGGCCAGCUGACAAAAGUUUCAGACUGUACCCAAUACCUGCGACCAGACAUGGAGCAGUGAGCAGCAGGGGCAGAUAAAAUGUUCCCAAGAAAUGGCAUUUUCCCCAGGAGGCUGUUCCCCGGGUGACUUGGAGCGACUCUUUCUGGGUAGACAAAAGGAAGCAAAGGUGGUCUCUCCAGCAGAGCGGCCCAGUAGUGACAUGGAACCCUGUUUAUUGUACUUUGUAUAGUUCUCCUCAGUCUUCAUGUUUUAUGCUCUGCACUGUUCAUAGUAGGUAACAGAAUUGUAAAUAUUCAGCCUUUUGAUGACUUUUAUAUUUUGAAUUAUCUCCUUUAAAAUAAAAUUGUUAACUAGA